UUCAUACCUCACCACCAAGCAGCAGCGUAAACUGCUACAACACGGGUAAAAGUCAGUCUCUGCUCGCUCUCGCUCUCUCUUCUCCUCCGCGUCCGCCCCCUGCGUCCUCGCCUGCGCGCAGGAGUCAACAGCGUCGGUGUGCCGAUGAAUCUGGCGGAGCGAGCGGCGCCGGGGCAGAUGGUGGGCCUCCUCAAGGUGCGGGUGCUGCGAGGGGUGAACCUCGCCGUCCGGGACCUGUGGAGCAGCGACCCCUAUGUCAUACUCAAGAUGGGCAAACAGAAACUGAAGACUCGAGUAAUAAAAUGCAAUACUAAUCCUGUUUGGAACGAGGAGCUGACACUUUAUGUUGAAGACCCUACCCUUCCAGUGAGACUCGAAGUGUAUGACAAGGACACAUUCAGCCUCGACGAUCGUAUGGGCAAUGCAGAGUUUGAUAUCCACCCCUUCGUGGAGGCUGUGAAGAUGAACUUGGAGGGUCUCCCAAAUGGCACCAUAAUAAGAAAGGUGGUGCCAUGUCGGCGAAACUGCUUGGCCGAGGAAAGUCAUGUGUACUGGUCGGAUGGUGAGGUGGUUCAAGACCUUGUCCUGAGACUAAGAAAUGUGGAGCGUGGUGAAGUGGAACUGCAGCUUCACUGGAUCAGCAUUCCAGGUUCCGGAGGCUCAUGACUGUUCUGAUAUAAGAGUGUUAUCAGUCCUGUAAGCCUUGGAGAGCUGUUUGUUGUCUCCAUAUGUUUAAGUAGAAUUAGAUGCUUAUAGUGUGUAGAUUGUCAGAACAGGCACCCAAGUUUAAUAAGCAGUGCUGCUGAAGACAAAUUCUAUACACUCUACAGUUUUAUGCCUUGUUAUGGCCACUUGAUGAUUUAGUUGGAGGAGCCUUUGGUCAUCUGGAUCUCAGUAUGUAUGAAAUCUUGGAUAUAUUAUGGAACUAAUUCCAGUGGCAUGUUGUUAUAGUA